CCCCUUGAUUAUUUCGAAUAUAUAUAAUCGGACCUCGGUCUGAAAUUGUUGGCUCCUGAGAUUAUUUCAAAAGGAAAGCUGGAAUCAACAUCGAAGCCUCACUGAAGCCGCUAGCUGCGGGCACGUGACCAGCUUGUACGUUUUGCCUGGAAGGAGAAGCGAAAUUACCCGCCUGGAGUUACAACUAUUCGAUUGAACACGAGAGACUUGCAUUACUUUAUCUCUGUCACGGAGAGGGUUCAAGAAAUAUUUGUUCUGUGGCUCCCUUGAAGUUUGGCCGCAUGCGCGAUGCUGCGGCACGUCGCGUGUGCACAUGAUAGUGGUUUUAAACGGGUUGAGGAACCCCAGGUUUAGCCCAACGUGCAAUUUCUUCAAAACAGAUAGAAUCACCUAGGGGGGGCUGCAAACAUGGCUCCAAGCGGGGCGACAGGGGCUGAGCUAGACAGACCUGAAGAGGAACGGCGUGAUCGCCUUUUCCAGGGAAAAUCUUUCUGGCUAUCUGAGAAAGUCCCUCAAAAACAUAGAUUCAGGGACCUCAUACAACAACAUGGUGGCAUUGUGAAACUUCGUGAAAAGGAUGCGGACAUUUUGAUAGUGGACCACAAGCAGAAGAACCUCCCGGCCAAUACGUAUUCUUACCAGUAUAUCGAGAAGUCUAUCCAAAGAGGAAAACUAGAAGAUCUCGAGGCACACAAGGCUGGUCCUUCAGCAGCCCGACCUGUCGGGGCAACAAAUAUUCCAGCCAGAAGCCACCGAUCAGCAUAUACGCCAGAAGACGAUCAAUUAAUUUUUGAUUAUAUGCAACCAUUUGAAAGGGACCCAAAGGCUUCAAUUUCGGGUAACAAGAUCUACCAGGAAUUUGCAGCACAGCACCCCAGACAUACAUUUCAAUCGUGGCGCGAUAGGUACCUCAAGAGGCUUCGAGGGCGGCCACGUCCUGGCGGAAUGUUAGAGCCUACUGCCACCACGGCGGACGGUGAGGAAACCCGCAGAAGUCAAUCUGCUCACGCAACUACAUCACGUGGAGAUGAAGUAGCAGCCGGAGAAAAGGCAUCACCACAAAAGCCACAGGAGAGGAAACGGAAGCACAGCCCAGAACCAACAGAGUCUAGCGAACGUGAGCCUAAGCGCAUGGCUAGCAAGCAGCAAACGAAAGCAACAAAGCAACAUCCAACACCACAGCCAUCAGAAGUAGUGGUGCCUCGCAAACCCCUGAAUGAGAAAAGAAAGUCACCACGCCGUGAGGCCCCCCCAAGUCCCAAAAAGGCAAAGAUCGCAACACGACAAAGUGAAGAAGCCGCCGUGAACCAGGAACCUGUCGGCGGAGCUAGCAUGGGCAUCGAUAACUUCUUCCUAGAGCUGCCCUUUCUCCCGCCAAGCCCAUCGGCCGAGGAGGAGGCUCCAGAGCAAGAUAUUGAAUCAUGGAUAGACAAUCGGCGUCGCGAAGGCAAGGGCAACGAGGCCCAAAUCAUCGAAGCAUUACGUUGCACCAGCAUGGAUCCAACCUUGGCGGAUCAAAUUUUGGAGUCCAUAGCCGCAGGGAACGGUAUACCGACUGAUAUGCGCGGAGUCUGGACAGCAGAGGAUGACAGAAGCUUGGAGGCACAGGAUACACGAGAGAUUCAACGGCUCAUGGACAAGCAUGGCUCGGUAUGCUUGGAUUAUCGAUGGGAAUAUCUUAACAUGGCACGAGCCGAGGGCCUUGAGAAUCCUUCAACUAAUUAG